AUUUUCAUUCUUUACGUGCGUGGUGCGCUCGUCGUCGCGAAAUGUGUUUCGUUCGGUGAUUGCUGGAAAAUUCGUCCAAAAAAUCGCGAAAAAUGUUGGUCUCCGACGUUGGCGAAGUUAAGAUCUACAACCUUAGCGCGGGCAAGGCCCUGCCGGACUGGCUGUCGGACAAGAAGCGCCGCGAGGCCCAGCGCAAAAAUGUUGACGUCAGCCGCCGUAUCGAGCUCAUCCAGGACUUUGACAUGCCGGCGGUGGCCACCAGCCUGGAGCUGUCCCCGGACGGGCAGUACAUUCUGGCCACCGGGACGUACAAGCCGCGCAUCAAGUGCUUCGAUGUGAACAAUUUGUCGCUGAAGUUUGAGCGGUGCUUUGAUUCGGAGGUGGUCAAGUUUAAGAUUUUGAGCGAAGAUUACGGCAAGAUUGCGUUUCUGCAAGCGGAUCGUUACGUGGAGUUUCACGCAGCUCAUGGGAGGCACUACCGGCUGCGGAUACCGAGGUUUGGCCGGGACUUGGAUUACCACAAGCCGUCGUGUGAUUUGUUCUUGGUGGGGACGUCGUCGGAGAUUUACCGGCUGAACACGGAACGGGGUCAGUUCCUGCAACCGUAUGAAACAUCAGCUACCAGUAUAAACGCAUGCCACGUUAACCCGGAACAUCACCUGCUGUGCGUGGGCACCCAGGAGGGAACGGUCGAGGCGUGGGAUCCACGGGAUAAGACACGCUGUGGCGUGUUGGAUGUUGCCGUCCAAAUUCAACACAACGAAAAGUUCCCCUCCGUUUCGGCGGUUAAGUUCAAGAAUGGUCUGCACAUGGCCGUUGGAACCACUUCCGGUCACGUACUGCUGUACGACAUCCGCGCAAAGGAACCUCUACUUGUGAAAGAUCAUCUCAACGGGUUGACCGUAAAGAAGAUCGACUUCAAUCCAUCGCACAACGCUGUCUACUCGCUGGACGACGCCAUGCUGAAGAUCUGGGACGAAAACACCGGCAAGCAGAUGGCCUACAUCGAAUCCAACAGCAAUUUCAACGAUUUCAGCACAUCUCCGCGCAGCGGACUGUUCUUCUUCGCCCAGGAGGACGUUAAAAUGAUGACCUACUACAUCCCAAGCCUUGGUCCGGCGCCACGCUGGUGCUCCUUCCUGGACAACCUCACCGAGGAGAUCGAAUCCGAGGGCGUGCAGAACAUCUACGACGACUACAAGUUCAUCACCAAGCAGGAGCUGGCCGACCUCGGUCUGGAGCACCUUGAGGGAAGCAACAUGCUGCGCGCGUACAUGCACGGCUACUUCAUCGACAUCCGGCUGUACAACAAGGCCAAGGCCAUCGCGGAUCCGUUCGCGUUCGAGCGCUACCGCAAGGAGAAGAUCGCCCAGCAGAUCGCGGGAUCGCGACCUGCGCGACUCCAGCUCAAGUCCAAACUGCCCAAGGUCAACAAAGAGCUGGCCGAGAAGCUGCUGGUCGAACAGGAGGAGGGCAGCGGCAAGCUGAAGACGGCCGCGUCCACCCUGCUCGGGGACGACCGAUUCAAGACAAUGUUCGAGAAUCCUGACUUUGAGGUGGACAAGGAAGCCGACGAGUACCGGUUGCUGAACCCGGUGCUGACGCGGUUGGACAAAACGCGAACGAAGAAGUUGAAGGCCCAACAGGAGGCGGAUGCUGCGAGGGAGGAGAAGCAAAAAGAAGCAAAGGACGAAGGCAGCACCGACGAUGACUUGUUCAGCGAACGGGACGACAGCUCGGACGACGAUCAGCAGUGGACAAAGCAGGUCAAGAAGGAGUACAAGAAGAUCAAUCAGGAGAAGAAGCGCGAGGAACGCAUUGCGAAGGAACGCGAGGAGGAGGACGGCUCGGAAGUAUCCGACGACGACGAUGGGCCAGCGUUGCAGAUUCACGAAAAGGAAGACUUUAACAUUGGCCAAGGGCCGAGGAAGAUCAGCAGAGCAGGGCUAGGCAAACGGCUGGCGGCGAGCAAACCAAUUCAGGUGGAAACCAUCGGAGGGCUGGGCAAUCGGCAGAUGACGUUCAGCUUGGAGAAGAAGAACAAGGCGAACGUCGAUCGGAAGCGGCUUGCCGAGCUGAAAAGGCACCGGGAGGAGCGUCGGCAAGUGAUACGACCGAUCACCGGGCUGAGGGGUUUGAAGACGAAGAUGCACAGAAAGUGAGCGCGCGUAUUAGAUUGUGUGUUUGGUACAUUUUUUCAAUGUAAUGAGAAUAAAUAUUUUUGUUUAAUCGG